AUGACUUCCUCUGUUGAGUUCCAUGGCUUCACUACGAUUAUAGUGAAAAUAGGAGUGAAAAAAUUGAAGAACGUUCUUUCUCGUUACAGAGUGACGAUGUGCGAUUUUGAAGUUCGAGUUCUUGGCAACAAGCAUCGACACUCUGUACAAUGCGUGUUGAUGAUCAACAUGUUCAACGAGAAGGUCUAUCUCUUCAUCUGGUUUUGGCUACUCGGUAUCGGCACUUAUACCGCUGGUAACUUCAUAUACUGGUGUCUGCAGCUUCUAUCUGACGAGAAACGAACCAGUUUCGUCGGCUGCUAUCUUAAAGUUCUCAAAUUAGUGAACGAGGAAGACCUCUCGCAUCAACGAUUACUGAACAAGUUUGUGCAGAGGUCGUUACGAGCUGAUGGGGUGUUCAUCCUUCAUCUCAUUUCUAAAAACGCCGGUGAUAUUAUUACCAGCGAUAUCAUCGCCACGUUAUGGAAGAACUUCCUUGAAGACGAGGCAGAGAAGGGACGCGAAGGCCCUCAAGCGCCUACUCUCGAGGAUGUGGACGGGUUCAAAGAGCAACUUGACAAACAUCCACUUAACUAG